UUGUGGGAGCCUGUUGUGGUUGCGUUGCGCCUGGGUCCCGUGGUUGGCUCCGAUCUACGCAAGUGGCGUGCGCGCUCUCUGAGGCAGAUUUUCGACUGGGCUCCCCAAGAUGUCUGUGGCCUUCGUACCGGACUGGCUGCGGGGCAAGGCGGAAGUCAAUCAAGAGACUAUCCAACGGCUCCUGGAGGAGAAUGACCAGCUGAUCCGCUGUAUCGUGGAGUAUCAGAACAAGGGCCGGGCGAACGAGUGUGUCCAGUACCAACAUGUGUUACAUAGAAAUCUCAUUUAUUUGGCUACCAUUGCAGAUGCCAGCCCAACCAGUAGUUCAAAAGCAAUGGAAUAAUCUUCCAGUUGGCUGUUGUGAAGAGUAAUUGAAUGUAAUCCUUCUUUUAGGAAAUGGAGACAGGGUCUUUACCAACUCAACUGUCUGAAUCAUGAAUGAAAUUUCUGUGGCUCUUUUAAAAAUGUGAAAAUGUGAAGAAAGCUACUAACUGUAUUCUCAAUGUGAAUAUUUAUUUUAGUAAUUAAGUAGAUCCCUCAAGAAUUUGACCCCAGGUGUCCUCUUUCCUGAACUUGGAGCGUAUCUGGAUAACUGACAUCAUUAGCAUCUUCAAGCCUACUUUUUAGUUUCUACCUGAAGAGGAAACUAAGUAGGCAUUGGGCAGGAAUUGAUGAGAUUCCUGAAUGAGACCUUGCUAAAUGGGCAUGUGACUGUGUGCUUUCUCCUACCAGUUUGUAAAUGUGGUCCCCCAACUGCCCUUUUCAGAUUGCUUUGAAAUAAAGCGUGCUUUUCCACGAAAGACUGAUAAGGAGGUAUAGAAGUUUUCAUGUAAUAUGAUCCAUUUGGUUUUCCAGAAAAACUGUAAGGACUUAACUGUAAGGUAUGUAACAAUGAUACCAUUAUCAUUGCCAACAAAACUAAUAGUGACUCUUAAUUAUAACCUAAUAUCAUCUUAUAGUAGAUGUUCAAUUUUCUGCCAUUAUCACAAAAUGUCUUUGUUUAUUUGUGUGAAUCAGGAUCCAAACAAGAGUCACAUGUAUUUUGCUGAUGUCCCUUUAAGUCACUUAAAAAAUAUUUAAUAGUCCCCCCUCUUUUUUUCUUUAUUUGUUGAAAGAACUAGGUCAUUUGUUCUAGAAUUUCUCAUGUUCUGGAUUCAUCCAGUUGUAUCCCUGUAGUGUCAUUAAGUAUGUUCCCCUAUCACCCACUUUUCCUGUAAACUGGUGGAUUUAGAUGCUCAUUCAAACACAGAUUCUAAUAUUUUUAGCAAGAAUGCUUGCUUUUGCAUCACAUUAGGAAGUGACCUGAUUUAUUUUCAAGUUCCCAACAGGCCUUCACUUAAAUUAUGAUCUACCCAGCUUUGAUCUUGUAAUUCACUAGGGGUUGCCUAAUGGUGGUUUUCUAAUUUUAUCAUUCUUUCUGCAUUUAUUAGCUGGAUUCUGUAAAAAACUUUCACUCUUUGAGACUUAUCUGUAAGAUGAGGCAAAGAGAUUCUUGUAAGCUAACCCAAAAUUAGAAGCCCAGAUCCCUGCUCCUUUUGUUGGAGUCAGGGCUUGCACCCCAGGGUGAUGAUAAUAUGUAAAUAGUGAAGAGAGAAUUCAUUUUGAAUCCCAGCUCUAUACCUUAACAUCUGUGAGCUCCAUUUCCUCACCUCUAAAAUGGGGAUAAUGAAAAUAGUGUUUGCCUCCUGAGGUUGUGAGAUUGAGAUACUGUGGCUGCGAGCUGGGCACAUGGUAAACAGUCAAUGUGUGUUAGCUCUUAUUAGGGUGGGAACUCCUAACACAGGUUGAGAAAGAAUUCUCAACUCAAAGAUUAAGACAGGUUUUAAAGAAAAAAUUUCUUUUACUUUCCAAGGGAGGAAAGGGCAUGGCAUGAAAGAAAGAAGUGUCUGUGGUGAGGCUGAAGUGUUUAGGCUUUUUAUUGGGGGGUGAUAAAGGGUAAAAUAAAUAAAUAAAUAAGUUAUUGCUGCAAAAUGAAAACAGAAGGCAACUGUGUUUAUUUUUCUUUUCUGCCAGGCUGUCUUUAUUAGUCUCCUUGGAAUGUGUUUUGGUGGAUGUAGAGAGAGGAGGGUCACUCCUCUUCUAUUUACUUAGUUCUUUUCAAGUGCUGUAAAAACAGACUCUUAAAGACAAUGAGUUAAGCUACAGGUGGUUAAUCAAAUGAAGGGCCGUUGUGUGCUAUGAUCUUUCUUUUUUUUUCCUGUUAGAUAGUUUAUUACCAAUGCCAUCCUUUCAGCUCUGACGUGUUAUCUAAGGGCUGUGGCCCUUUCCAGGUCUUCUCAAAUCUGGGAGAGAACCCAUUCCCUUGCUCCUUCACCCAAUCUGCCAUCCUUAUGGCCUUAGCCCAUUUGUAGUCUUCCUCUUCCACUGUUAUUGGGGUUGGUGCCUAUACUCUAUACCAGUGGGCAAGAGUGGGCUGCUCAUGGCCUGAUCUGGUCAGCAGAGUAUUGAUUGGGGCUGUUCAAUUGUUUUUAAUUAGCUGCUAACCUUUAAAAAUAAGAGGAUUUCUUGUAACUCAUUAACAGGCCUAAGGCUAUUCAAGACAAACCUCCAGGUCCUCAAUUUACAUAACAAAUCACUUGAGCCUGGGUACUUGGCAGGUGGCAUGUCUCUGAUCAAGACUUUCUUAUCUUGAAAAAUUCCAAGCCUUCAUUCUUUAACCAACAACAAAUCAAAGAGUCUUUAAACCCACCUAUAACCUGUAAGCCCCCCUCCUCCACCCUCCCGCACUUGAGAUGUCUUACCUUUUUAGGCCAAACUGACGUAUGCCUUCCAUGUACUGAUUUAUGACUGUACCUGUAAUUCCUGUCUCCCUGAAAUGUGUAAAACCAAAUUGUAACCCAACCACUGUGAGUCCACUUGCUCAAGUCUUCUUGGGCCUGACUCCCAGCCAUGGUCCUCAAAUUUAGCUCAGAAUAAACCCCUUUAAAUUAUUUUA